CAUUUGCAUAUGAUGUGAACUCCAGUAGACGUUCCAUUCAGUCCGUACAGAUGCUCCAUUCAGUCCGUACAAAUGAGUCCCCCCCGGGCACGUAAGAGUCGAAUGGAGUCUUAAGCCCUCCUGUCGUUCUUUUAUUUUUUCCCAAUUGUUUCUGUUUCUAAGUUUUCACCGACAUUGCGUUUUGAGUGCUUUUUCUAGAUGUUUGACAUAAUUGCUAGUAUCAGUUCAUGGGGCGUGAUGAGAUUCCUUCUAACUUAGCUCACAUCGUUAUCAACACAAAAGAGCUCUGCAAAAUCGUCUACAACAGCUAUGCAGAUUCUCGCCUUGGAAACCACUCUGUGGUUCGCACAAAGUACUGGAGUUUGACCUGUUUGAUUCCUAGAUAAAACAGCACUGAAAGUUCGACUUAGUACAGCAGCAACGAACAGACAACUAUGAAAGUAAUUAAAGGGAAAAUGUCAUUCAGGGGGCAGCUGAAGAAGAGGAAGUAUUCCUGCCCGGACGAAGCGCUUUCUAAAGCAGAGGAUGGGUCAAAAUCCGAAGAGUCGGUACCUAGGGAAAGAAAGAUUUCAGCUGGGGAAGAACUAACGCAAGCUAUCAUGCGAAGUCGCCGAAAUGUUGACGACGUUGUGCGAAGGAGAUAUCAAACAAUGCCGAUUUUCGCAAGCCCCGACGAAAGCCAAAAACCUCCAAGGGCCGUUUCGUUUUGUCCAGAAAUUUUACUCCUUUCGGCCGUCAUGGAAAACAACACUGAGGAACUGGCCAAGAUCCUGCGAGAGGGAAAUGUCAACGUAAAUCAAGCGAACUCCAUCGGAAGGCUGCCGAUUCACGAAGCUGCUUCGGAAGGCUUCGUAGAGUGCGCGCAGAUCCUGAUCGAGAAUGGCGCGAAUUUGACUCUGGAAUGUUCGGAAGGUUUCACUCCGUUAGAAGCAGCUGUUAUCAGCGGUAAUUUCGAAUGUGCAGAACUUUUGAUAAGGAGUGGCGCACCGAUUGAUAAAAUCAAAAAUGGCUUUCUCGAUCCCGUGUUCGCCGUGGGAAGCAAGAUGGAGAGUCACAGUGAAGAAGAAUUACACAAUUGAAAGAACUUUAGUUCGAGAACAGGACAGAUCCGCGGCUACAGGAGCAAAGAAGGGAGACAUAAAGAGACAUUGUUCACUCGGAGUGAUUGAGAAAAACACGAAGUUCGAAAAAAACUGGAAAAACCAGUCAUUAUGUCAGUGCUAGAGAUGCUUUUCGCAAAUGUGAGAAUAGAUGUUCUGGUACAGAGAGAGCAGGCAAGCACGUUGUAAAGAGACAUUCCUAAACAUUCUUUUCCCAACUUAAGAAUAUCUUUUCUUUUGUUUAAGUCCAUGUUUGUACACUGCAGAAAUAGCUGCUCGGCAAGGUGGCCAGUGCGAUUUUCUUACGCGAAAUUUAGAAAUUAUACAAUCUAAUAUAACAUAUAUAGAUACAAUAAAAUUGUAUAGCAAACUUGAAAACUGUCCAUUAGUAUAGAGAUCAAAUAUUCUGCUUCGUCUAAUGAAACUGAACAAUUUGGCGACGUGUUACUGAGUGUGGAUGUUCUAGCAAAAUGUAAGGGUGGAUGCUAAACGUUGGAACGAACCAACCAAUCUUAGUAGUUUUCUGUUAACUAUGAAAAACAGUUUGCUAAAGAUGUUUAAUAGUAGCGUAUAAGAGCCGGAAAAAAUGGGGAAGGUAAUUGAAAAAUAAAUGCCGAAUUUUUAAACAGACAUAACUCCUUUAAUUCUUACACGUGCACUGUUAAGAUAUAACUUAUUGGUUCUUUACCACACUUGGAUGCAUCCAACAGUAAAGAAGUGACAAGAACAACGAACGGAAUUGACGAAGCAAGACUGAGCUGAUGUACCUCCAGAUUCUCACGACUAAUAUUCAAGAAAAUGUCUUGAGGUUUUAAGAAAGAAACAAGUGUGUUGUUGAAAGUGAAAGGGUAAAGGGCUGCUCGUCAAGUAUUACACACGCCCAUACACUUUAA